CGACAAAGAAGAAGAACCCGGAAACGCGCCAUUGCUGAACAAACCAACGUGAAGGUUUCGUCGCCGCGCAAAUCGUAGGGCAGUACAGUAAUACGAAAUCCUUUUUUUUUUUGCUGGCAAACACAGUAAUAUUUAAAACAGAAUGGCGUACCGGGGACAAGGACAGAAGAUCCAGAAGGUUAUGGUCCAGCCUAUUAAUCUAAUUUUCAGGUAUCUUCAAAAUCGGUCCCGUAUUCAGGUCUGGCUCUAUGAACAGGUCAACAUGCGGAUAGAAGGAUGUAUCAUUGGCUUUGAUGAAUACAUGAACCUGGUUCUGGAUGAUGCAGAGGAGGUCCACAUGAAAACCAAGAACAGGAAGCCCCUGGGUCGGGUCAUGCUGAAAGGAGACAACAUUACCCUACUACAGAGUGUGGCCGCCGUCCCCUAAGCACCUACCCGUGAUGUGGACUGUCUGAGUUUUGUUUGUUUUUGUUGUUUUUUCCCCCCGUUUUUCUUUUAAUAAAGUUGUAUGGAUGAGGUUUUUUUUUGUGUUUGUUUUAAGCAGACACUUGUGAUUUGUGUUAGCUAUGGUGGUGAAAGCUUUUUGAUAAUCUCUACCAUUAAAGAUUUUUGGUUUGUUUCUUA